GACAGAUCCGCGCUGAAGCGAAACAAAAACAUUCACGCAAGAGAAAUGGCUUUGAAUUGACAGUCGUGACACAUGAUACUAGGUCUGAAUAAAUGAGUCCAUAAAGGCUGUCCCACGUGAAAAGAGUGGGCUCAAGGGUAACGCGAUGCCGCCCCUUUAAAACGCCGCCCGCUUGUAUUGAGAAGCGCGCGGAUGCUGGAGUGCACCUGCUCCGUGUUAACACACCUGCUGGGGCUUCCGCUCAGCGUUAAAUGAAGCAGCUUGAAACGAGUCAUUUUGAUACCUCUCGACUCGGGCGGAAGCAGCAAGGAGUUAACCAGGGGCUUCAUUUAUUAGCCUACCCACGGCAGGCGUGCUAACAGACGGGGCCUUUAUGAAAGUGCUGUUUCCGGUUUAUUCUGUCGUUUGGCCGGAGAAGCGGUAGUGUUUAAGGCAGGAUGCCGGUGCAGAUUCCGGACGACGCAGAUUUCGCGUCUUUCAAGGAGCAGUGCGAAAGCGAGGAGGGCUGGAUACAGCGCUACAACAAGGCUGGGGUGUCGGUGUGGUGCCGAGACGAGGAGACCAAAACAGUGCAAAAACUUAAGAUGAGUAUUGUGUGCAAGGAUGUCAGUGCAGAAACACUGUAUGAUGUCUUGCAUGACACAAGCUACCGGAAGAAAUGGGACACCAACAUGAUCGACACAUUUGAUAUUGCAAGAUUGACAGUCAAUGCAGAUGUCGGCUAUUACUCCUGGAAAUGCCCGAGUCCACUGAAGAACAGGGAUUUUGUCACCAUGCGUUCAUGGCUUCCUCUCGGCAAUGACUACUUGAUAAUCAACUACUCCGUGAAACACCCGCAAUACCCACCAAAGAAAGACUAUGUCAGAGCUGUGUCUUUACUCACUGGAUACUUGAUCCAGUCCAAUGGAGCAAACUGCUGUACUCUUUACUACUUAACACAAGUGGAUCCAAAAGGUUCCUUACCUAAAUGGGUAGUGAACAGAGUCUCUCAAUUUGUGGGGCCGAAGGCCAUGAGGAAGAUCUACAAAGCGUGCCUGAAGUACCCUGAAUGGAAACGGAAGCAUGACCCUAACCUGAAGCCGUGGAUGUUCCCGGAGCAGAACACGCUGCCAUGCAUGAGUGCUUCUGAGCUCACUGUGCAGAGAGCAGAUUCACUGGAGAAUAUCGAUGAGAGUGGCUUAAACGAGGAUAAAAUCCAGCACCACAGCGAAGAUGAGGAAACCUAAACCCCCAGACUCUGCUUUUACAUGAGCGUGCAUGUAUGUGUGAGCGUGUGAGGAAGUCCGUGUGCAUUGAUUUACACCGGUAGUUCUGCAGAGUAUGACUUGUUAGUUUUCAUCUGCAUCUUAUGCAUGCUUUGCUAUGCAUUGCUAAUGACCAUAAUGGUGCUCCUUUCAAGGUUCUUGACAUAUUAAUGAUUGUGAUUGUUUGCACUACCAAUCCCAUUUUAAUAGAAUUGCACAUAUCUUUAAUACAAGUUUGAUGAUUUUAUUCACAAUGAGCGCUCUCAUACAUUUAUACAUGAACACAAUUUGGCACCUAAUUGGAGGGAAAAUUUUAAUCUUUGGUCUACAGUUGCAACACUUUUUCCAGUCAACUCUUCUGUAAGUGAGCAUUGGUUUUGUAGUGUGUUUUAAGGCCCCAUAAUCUCCAGUCUUUUUUUUUUUCUGAUAUUUCUCAAAUCGAUGACUGUGAAUCAAAUGUCACACUUCCAGUGUAGGUUUCAUCUGGACAUUUACAGUCUCAUUUCCAGGGCACUCUACCUGUGGGAAGUGAGAGUUCUUCAGAACUCUGUGGCUGGCUGCAGGGAUUUUUCACUUCAAUAUCUUUACCUAUGCAUCAGUAAGAUCUCAGGAGUUGUAAAAAGCAGUACUGUCUACCUUUCUCAUGUGUGUUUCUAUCUCUCUGAUGACUUUUUCCCUAUUCAUUUGUGAAUCGACAUAUUUGUCUUGUACUUUGGCAAUGAUUUUAUGCAUCCAUGUAUUUGUUCCAUGUCAUUCUCAUAGCAGAUUGGAGCAUGCAUUUUUUUCUGUAAGACUCUCUCACAUCAAGAGUCAAGCAUGC